UAGUUUGGCCAUUGUGGGGAUUCCAUUGACCCGUGCAACAAACUCGGCACUCGGCGGCACAUUGAAAUGUUUCCCAGAGCAUUUUCCGAUGAAGAUUCGUCUUGAACUUUGACAGUUUGACGCAUCAGAUGGCCACCGAAACGGUUGCAAGAACUUGCGUGAAGUUAAAAUCAGAGGAAGACGACUCUUCACAGCUCUUAACAUGGUUCUACGUUUACUGUUGCUCAAGCUGCACGUUUACUGUUGCUCAAACUCUACGUCUUCCUGUUGCUCAAACUGUAGAGGCACUGAAACUUAAAACCUAUGACCCUUUCCAGGAACUCUGAAUAAAAGCGUGAGUGUAUCUCCAUCCACGUUGGACAGGCAGGCGUCCAGAUUGGUAAUGCCUGCUGGGAACUCUACUGCCUGGAACAUGGGAUCCAGCCAGAUGGGCAGAUGCCAAGUGACAAGACAAUUGGGGGUGGUGAUGAUUCCUUCAACACCUUUUUCAGUGAGACUGGUGCUGGAAAACAUGUCCCCAGAGCUGUUUUUGUAGAUCUGGAGCCCACAGUUAUUGAUGAGGUGCGUACUGGGACGUACCGCCAGUUGUUCCACCCUGAACAGCUGAUCACAGGCAAAGAAGAUGCCGCGAACAACUAUGCCCGUGGACACUACACCAUCGGCAAGGAGAUCAUUGACCUGGUGCUGGAUCGGAUCCGCAAACUGGCGGACCAGUGCACAGGUCUUCAAGGUUUCCUGGUGUUCCACAGUUUCGGAGGCGGCACUGGCUCUGGAUUCACCUCCCUCCUUAUGGAGCGCUUGUCUGUCGACUACGGCAAGAAGUCCAAGUUGGAGUUCUCCAUAUACCCAGCUCCCCAGGUGUCUACAGCUGUAGUGGAGCCCUACAACUCCAUCCUGACCACCCACACCACCCUGGAGCACUCCGACUGUGCCUUCAUGGUAGAUAAUGAGGCCAUUUACGAUAUUUGUCGAAGGAACCUCGACAUUGAGCGCCCAACCUACACCAACCUUAACAGGCUUAUCAGUCAGAUCGUCUCCUCCAUUACGGCUUCCCUUCGUUUCGAUGGCGCCCUCAAUGUUGAUCUGACGGAGUUUCAAACCAACUUGGUACCAUAUCCUCGCAUCCACUUUCCUCUGGCUACUUACGCCCCAGUCAUUUCGGCUGAAAAAGCGUAUCACGAGCAGCUGUCGGUGUCAGAAAUCACUAACGCCUGCUUCGAGCCAGCCAAUCAGAUGGUGAAGUGUGACCCUCGUCACGGCAAAUAUAUGGCAUGCUGCCUUUUGUACCGCGGUGACGUGGUUCCCAAAGAUGUCAAUGCUGCCAUUGCCACCAUCAAAACCAAGCGUUCCAUCCAGUUUGUGGACUGGUGCCCCACUGGUUUCAAAGUGGGCAUCAACUACCAACCACCUACGGUAGUUCCUGGUGGUGACCUUGCCAAGGUCCAGAGGGCUGUGUGCAUGCUGAGUAACACCACUGCUGUUGCAGAGGCCUGGGCUCGACUUGACCACAAGUUUGAUCUUAUGUAUGCCAAGCGUGCAUUUGUUCACUGGUACGUGGGCGAGGGCAUGGAAGAGGGUGAAUUUUCUGAGGCUAGAGAAGACAUGGCAGCUUUGGAAAAGGAUUAUGAGGAGGUUGGAGUUGAUUCCAUCGAUGGUGAUGAAGAGGGAGAAGGAGAGGAGUAUUAAAGUAUUUUGCUAAAAAUUAAGGUUAAAUAGUUCAAAUGUUUGUAUCAUUCCUUACCUGUUUAGUUUGAAUAAAACACGUUCUAAUAA